UCCAGCCCAGGAAGGAAGCCCCCGAACCCGAACCCGCAACUCCCCCUCUGUAUUCUGUCUCGGCUCUCUCGACAGGCGGCUGGGGUUUCACGCCGCAUCGUCGCCUCCCACUUCCCGCCGACGCCGAUUACGUCCUCCGCCGCCUACCGUCGCUGCCGGCCACGUCUACCGAGCUCCUACGCCAGCAGAUCGACGCCGCCCAUCUCGACCCCGGCCUCCGGCUCGCCGCUGAUAACGCUGGGAAAAAUCGUUCGAUCGAGAUGCCGCACGAGAAGCGCGUCAAUCAUGAUCCACUGGGCGACGAUGUGGAUGAAACGAACACGGCGUGGACGGGGGAGAAGAGGCGCCGCAGUUACCUACCCCAAUCACCAUCAUCUUCCGAUGCUCCUACUGCCACCGCCCAGGAUCCGAUCUCUCAUACGCUUUCUGGGGCCGGCGAGGCUGCCAAGGAUCACCAGGGCCCCGUUUCAGACAUGGCCAUAGCCCGGGAGCAAGAUCACGCGCUGCUUCCUCCGAGAGCGGACUCGGUAGAGGAGGAAGAAGAAACCCAGGAGCUUUUCGGGCCACAAGUAAUGCUCAGCGAGGAAGACCAGGCCAACGAUGCUAAAAAAUUGCCUCUCGGUGGUGUUCCUCUCGGCAGAAUGACGCCGCAGAUGAGUUGGACGGAAAGGCUCAAGGUAUGGGCGAGCCAUGCACGCUAUCGUAUCGCUUAUUACAAGAUCGUGAAGCCAGAGUCUGGAUGCGAGCUCAAGGAUCCGCAUGAGUACACAGUGGAUGAACUUCGCAAGGAGAGGUACUUUAAAUAUUUAGAGGAUGAUGCAGCUUUUGAGUGGUUCUUCAAUACCGAUGAUAUCUGGAACCCUCAUUUGGAUGACUACCAAAAGAUGUGCCUUAAAGAUCUCAUGCCUGGUAGGAUUGAAUCAGAAUACCUCAAUGCCGAUGAGUACCAUGAUCGUUAUCAUACAUAUGAAAUGGAUGCUGUUUAUGUCAAGUACUAUGGAGAAAUAUCAAAGAAAAUCAAGUGGAUUGAAAAAUUUGUACAUCUGGAUGAAAGGUCUGUGGAGUGGAGCGUUAUGGGUACUACAGGAUGGAGGCAAGCAUUGAGAAUUGCAACAAAUUUUCCCCAUAUGACUCGUCGUUUAGCUUCUUUUGCAUAUCGUGAGUACAUUUCUGAGCUGCGGAAGGAUGCGACGCUCAAGGACCUAGAUCUUGUGUAUUUUGAGAUCUGGAGACUUGUUGUUAAGGAUAAUAAAAGUUACAUGGAUGCCGUGAAGUUGGUACAUGAAAUGGAGAAGUUCCAUAUGCACAAACGUACAAUGGAGGCUCAACUGACCGGGGCUCCUGUCUUUGUGACACUGAAACACAUGAUUUAUGGCGUUAUUCUGGAGAGUGACAUUGUUGCGAAUACUGAAGAUAAUAAAGCUCGGGAUUUGUUCCGGAAGGGAUUUGCUCGGCUCAAAACAAAAAACAUGGUAAAGUAUGCUGAGAAAAAGAUGAAGAUCGCGGAGCUGUUGAAUUUGCACAAGAGGAUUGAGGUUGCCUGUACUGGAUAUGGGGUAAUCAACUACUAGCUAGAGUUGUAGAGUACAAGCAAAGUACUACUCCCUCCGGUCUGAAAUAAUCGACGCGUCAAAGUACCUACCCCCUGUGUACAGGCGCGUCAAUUUAAUGCGACCAGAGGGAGUACCUCCAUACCCGUUUACAGGCUAAUUACGCAUUUCAAAAAAGAAGUUUGAUUACAAAUUUGGUCAACAAAAUAGAAGAUAUGUGGCACAAAAAUUAUAUCAUUGAAUUCAUAUUCAAAAGAAGUUUCCAGUAGUAUAGUUUUUAUGAUAUAUAUCUUAUAUUUUGUUGACCAAAUUAGUAGUCAAAGUUUUUUUCGAAUACAUAAUUACCCUGUAAAUCGGUAUGGAGGGAGUAGAAGUAGUAGCAUUAGUAAACUAGAUUUUUAGAAGAAUCUAUUUCCGUGUUAAAUGUAGUUAGCUUGUAAGAUUUCUCUGUUCGGCUGUGAAAAUUAGUAACUUUAUAGUUUUCAAGUCCUUUCCGCAUUUUGUUACUUUUUGGAACACUGAAUUGAAUUAUAUUUUCUUUCCAUAACAUUCG